AGUCUUGUGCAAUACAGUAAUUUCAGAUGCGAUGACUGCCUCGAUUUGAUGGAAAUUUCUCAUUUUCUUUUUAUAUUUCGAUAAAAAGUAAAAAACGGUCGUGCUUGAGAGUUUUAGUGAUUUUGAUCAUUUUAGAUCAAAUUUAAGUCCUACUCCGAUGACUGUUUAAUUUGAUAAUCUUUGAGAACGAAUAGAAUCGCGAGAAGGAGACCCUUUACAGGACCACAGUUAUGACUCGGUCGCUUAACGAGUACAAUCCUGUGGGAGAGGGUGAGGGGGAUAUUGAAAAUGUCAGUAUUGAGAUCAAGAUCAUCCCAGUAUCAGAUUCAGAACCAAACAAGGAAGCUGGACUCGAUCCUUUGGAAGAUCUAAACAGGAUACGAUCAGCCACAAGCACUCCAAUAAAGUCGUCCAGACGUUUAAACUUCUCUGGUGGUACUGAUCUGGGAGACAGUGAUGAGUUUGACAUGGAGGAUCUAACUGAAACGGAGUUGCCAUUUUCCAAUUUUACUUCUGCUGCACAGCAACUUAAACCCACCGCCAUAUCCAGUCAGUACACUGAUCGAGCUUUCCGGAGGAGGAUUUCAAAUGCGUUUGAGAAGAAAGUAGUGAAGCGGAACAAGAGUUUUCCCAGUUUGAGUGUCGCCGACACAGAAAACCAUAUUUGCAGCAAGUUAUAUCAUACAAAGAGGCGGGUUCUCAAUCUAAAGGACUAUCACGACGAAGCUAGAGCCAUGAGGGAUAUUGGGAAGUUCUUGGCACAACCCAUAGUACUGUUCAAAGUUCAUCACACGUUGUGGGAAGACAUUGUGGCGGAAAUGAUAGUUAGGUUAAGCAAAGAAAAGCCAGAGUUGAAUCUGGGAGUUGAGGAGGCGAUGAAAUCAGUAAUAAGUAAUGACGCGGACUUUGUGAUCCCGGAGUGUAUUCAAGGAAUAACAAAAACUGCGCACGGACCUAUCACAGAACAAAGUUUUAUUGUGGUUAUCGGGAACACAAACACAGUGACAGAAAACCAGGUUAUAAUGUGUCUUCUGGAGCACCCUUUCAACUUUGGGAUCGGGGCUGAAGAGAUCAGGUUCAUAUGUGUGGUUCUGAGCCCGACCAAGAGCAAACACACCAAGUCAGCUAUUCAAGUAGCGAGGACCUACGCCACUCUCCUCUCAGACGACAGACUCAGACACAACUUACUGAACACUAGGUGUCCUGACGAGUUUGCUCAUGAGUUUGAGCUGGAAUGCACCAGGAUUCACAAGGAGCACGAGAAACGAGAGAGGGAAGCGAAUACGAGCAUGAGGAGCCGUCCAAUAGAGACACUGAGGAGGAGGCGUUGGGUACCGGGGAUGGAGCUGGUCAAUGAUAUCAGGCGGCGAGCCAAGCACUAUCUCUCAGACUAUUCUACUGAUGCCAAGGACUUUACCAGCAUCCGGAAGAUAAUUUCCACCACUCUUUUCCUCUUCUUCUCUUUACUACUCCCAGCGAUCGCUUUCGGAGUGCUUGAUGCUAACUACACGGACGGCAAGAUAGACGCUAAGAGCGCGAUAGUAUCUCAAGCUUUAGCUGGCCUGCUGUGGGGACUCUUCAGUGGUCAGCACUUGGUGGUGAUCAGAACGACCAUCCCCGUGGUCAUCUACACUAAGAUCCUCUUUAUCAUCAGUAAGAACUGGGCGGAAGACGGCAGCUUCUUCUAUACUUUCUAUGCUAUGACUGGUCUGAGUAACGCGUUCUUCCUUGUCAUGUACGGGAUUGCUGGUGUCAGCAAGAUCAUGGUCUACUGUUCCAGAUCUACCGAGGAAAUAGUCGGUCUAUUUAUCUCUAUCGCUUUUAUCGUUGACUCAGUGGGAUAUAUCUCAAACGAGUUCGACCUCUAUUAUUGUUUUGGAGGUCCUAAUUGGACGAAUGAUACGAUGGAUGCUGCAGCGGAAACAUUAGCUGGUGUGGUUUUGGUGCCUGGCUGUAAUCCGACAAAACCCCUGCUAGCACUUCUUCUUGUCCUCAUCACUGUUUAUGUAGGUGUCGUUAUAUUCAACUUCAAGUACAGUCCGUACUUGAAUGCAGUUAAGAGAGUCUUGGUUGCUGAUUAUGCUUUGGUUGUAGCUGCUGCUGUUGGCACGGUGUUGGGAAGCUACUUUUUCAGAGAAAUCAACCUGGGAAAGUUCUACGUGAAUGAAGAAAGGCCGCUGUUUCAGCUGAUCACAUUUAUAGUCCCCACGGUGGGCGCUUUGUUCUCUGCAAUCACCCUUGGUUUCAUCAUGUCAUUACUGUUUUUCAUGGAGGGUAACAUAUCAGCCAGUAUCGUUAACAACCCCUCCAACAAGUUGAAGAAGGGUACUGCUUACCAUCAUGACAUGAUGGUAACAGGAGUUAUAAAUGCUAUCAUGAGCGUGUUUGGUCUCCCCUUCGUUCACGGCUCUCUACCCCACUCUCCUCUUCACGUCAGAGCUCUAGCUGACAUCGAGGAGCACAUUGAGAACGGUAACCUCUCAGAGAAGAUAGUCUACGUGAGAGAAACUAGACUAACCACACUUAUCUCCCACGUAAUGAUCGGAGCGUCUCUCCUGAUGAUUCCCUACCCGUUGAAUCUGAUCCCCAUACCAGUGCUCUACGGACUAUUCGUGUUCCUGGCUCUCACAUCUCUAGGAGAUCUCCAACUUUGGGAGAGACUUGUACUGAUCUUUACCGAGCAGAGUUUGUAUCCUCCCAUCCAUUAUGUCAGGAAAGUACCACAGAAAAUAAUUCACUUCUUUACCUUCCUGCAGAUAUUACAGUUGAUCGGACUUUGUAUCAUUACUUUUGGGAAGUCUGUUUAUCUUAAGAUGCUAUUCCCGGUCUUCAUCACUUUCUUGAUACCUAUCCGGGAGAAGAUUAUACCAUGCUUGAUAUCGGAGAGACACCUCCUCUCACUCGAUGGAAAUCACUGACUGAUUGGACUUAAUUUUUGCAGUUACUUAAUUAAAAUGGUGAACACUCAUGAUGAAUAAAAGCGUUAUAAGAUGUAGUGGUCAUUUCUUUGAGGUCAAAAGCAUGCCUUUGUGCGCAUGAAUUACAUCCUAAAUUUUUAGUUACGUAUUUUGAUUGCUGAUAAAAUGUGAUUUUUGUGCACAAUUAACUUUUUUGAAUUUGGUAAUUGAGUCUCCUGAUAAGAUGCUGCUUACUAUAUUGUAAUUACUCAAUAAACUGUUUAUUUUUAAAAUUUAAAACUUAAACCGAGUAAUUUAGCUUGGUAUGCCUUGUUGAAACCAAUAAUGCUUGUCUUGCAUCCGAAUAUUUAAACUUUUCUAAUUUCAAGAACGCAAAUAAAAUGCACAACUUUCUGUUGUAGUAUUCAGUUCAACAAAAGUGGCAUGGUGUAGUAGUGAAUUGUACUAAAUGAGGUGUCUUUGCUCUUUGCAUUUCUAUUUUGUGCAUUUUUGUCUCACCUGAAUGAGUAGUCAUGUGACAGCAACUCGAGACUCCAGAGUUAUUGAUCAUUAUCCAAGAAAAGGUUCCAUUGUCUUUCAUUUUUAGGUCUAUUAUUAAAUAGAAUUAUAACUCUUUUCGCAUUAACUUUAAGAUGUUGAGGUUACACUUUUUUAUUGUAGAAUGUCAGAAAACACCUAGAUUUGAAUAAAAUUAUAAAAUUAUAAAUUUCAUUAUGAAAAUCAUUCCCUACAAAAGCAUUUUAAUUUAGUGCAAUUUAAUUGCCUUUCUGACUAUCAUAUGAAAAAUGUCAUUGUUUGUUGUUUAAGUCAAUGUUUAAGAUUCGAUAACUUUUAGUUUUCUUGUUAAACAACCGCAUAGUGUUCAG